AUGAUGGCGCGACGUUGUCGACAUGAAGAGCUGGCUAUUGAGAUGCAUGGCUCGCUUGUUCGUAUGGUUACAAACAUACCGACAGUCAUGCAGUCGGUUCGUCAAGCAGGAAGACCAGACGAAAGUAAGCUCGGUACCGUGGUCUGGGUGAGGCCGGGAAUCCUACAGGCUGGCUGGGAGGCAACGAGGCCAUUAUGGUUGGUUCUGGGGGGAUUCGACGACAGUGCAGAGGAUGAUGAGACGAUGAGUUGA